AGGCGGAUAAGUCGCACUGAUUGAUUGGGUUCAAUGGAUGAAUGAAAGCGCAACAUGGCGGACGGGUGUGCUCCUCCCUCAUCAGGAGAGAUCCGCUGAGCAACCAGCCGUUGGUAGCAGGACAUGUGUAGCAGAGCGGGCAGAGCGAGCGAGCAAGCAAGCAAGUACGAGAACAGUACCGUAUCAUACUGUAAGCAAAGCCAAGCAGGCAGAAGCAUAGGAAUCAGACAUACAGGAGAGACAGAGGACCCCUCGGAGUCCUCUCCAUACUCCUCACCCGCCCUGCCUAUCAUAGACCACCUACCGUACCGCAACUGCACGGGCACUGUACGAUAGAUACCUCUCUCCACCUUGUCCCACCUCCUCCUUCGUCCUCUUCCUUCUCCUCGCUCGCCCCCCGCCUCCUUCCCCCACAAAGAAGGCCCCAAGAUUGCAUUUCUCUGGAAGGGCUUCUGUUGGGAGUUUUUCCGCGAGAUCUCGGACAGGACUUUUUAAGACGCUCACGAAGCAGCUUCUAUCAUACUACCGGUACCCCGAUCACAGUAUCCGUCUCAUUAUCGCUCUUUUUCACUCCUGAAUCCUGGUAUCCUUCCUUCCCGCGUCCUGUUCACCUCACCGUACCGGUCGGUGCAUUGUCUCGAGCCCUUCCUCACCCGGGUGCACCGUCUAUAUAUCGUCGCUUUGUCGCCGGGCAUAGCCAUCCAUCCUCACAGGUGGGUGCCGUUACGUCCGUCUUGCUUGGUAGGGCCCCUCCCCUCAUUUAUUGCACUCCGCUUCCAUCCUCCUGCCCUCGCUUCCCUCUCCUCUCCUCUCGUUUAACCCACCCCGCAUCCUAUCCCUCCUUCCUCCCUCCUUUGCCCACGUCCGGCGGUGGCCCACUGUCCUUCAAUAGUUGGUCCUUGCAUCCUUCAUUCGCGAGGCUUCCCUUGCCUCCUGUUCCUCUCGUUCCCCGUGGCUUCGGACACGUUCCACUCGCCCCAGUCCCGCAUUGUGCUGCCUUCGAACCUCUCUGAAUCCACGCACGACUGUCAUUCCCCCCUCCCUUAUAUUCCCACCCCCGCUCCCCCUCCCCCUCCUCCACCUCCUCCUUUCCCUUUCCAAUACUAUCGUCAUCCCCGACGGUCAGCCAUCUUCGCAUUCCCCCCUGCUGGUCCUUGCCCUUGAAUUCACCGUAUCGCAUCGUCUUGACGAAUCUGUCGCUCACUCCUCCUCGUUAGCCGAGCACACCCACACGUCUCCCUGACAACCUUCCCUUAGCCGUCAUCCCGAAACGAAGCCAGCCGGGCUCCUUUUGCUUUUAGAUUCGCUUUUCGAUAUACUGUACUUUCCAUUCUGCUUACCAACCACCUAUCUACCCACCCCCUUCUCAACGUUGCUGCCAAUCACCGGAGCAAUUACCAUUACAACUGCCGAUCCAGAUCGCAAGUAACAACACACUAACGAAGGUUCGACGAGGGGCAAUAAAGAAAUUCUCGGAAUUGUGAGAAAACUGCAUCUGGCCCCACGAUGUGAGUUUUGUCAUCUUUAACCUUCUUUUCUGCCUCUUUCUCCCUUUCUCCCCCCCACCAUUUUUUUCUCCUCAAACACCCAUACGUCUGAACUGACCCUCCUUUCCCGCUUCUCCUGCAACUUUUCCUUCAAGGCAUCACUAAACACCGUGGUCACAUAUCUAGUUUUUUACCACCCCUCUGCCGAACCAUAAGGGACUCGGACAUCUGUCGUUUUCGCCAUCACAACCACCAUCCAUGUCAGCACCUGCACAGCUUCUGCGGCCAACGAAUCCCCACAAUGGACCAAGAGUUCCCCGCCUGGGCCUUUCGAUACCGCCUCAGGCUAACUCGAGACCCGGCGGCGCUCCCCAACUAGUCGGCCCCACACGCGGCCCCCCUCAACUACGCUUGGCUACUCCUGGUGAUCCUAAUGCCAAUGCAGUCCAACCAGUAGAGCAGAGACGCCCGCAGGCAUAUGCUAGUCCGGUGAGCACCGUUAGCAAUCAGUACUCGGCUUUGAGUUAUGCUAUGGGGUUGAAGAACCAAGUGCGGGGCUCUCCGGAAACUUCUGUUCCGCGAACAGCUAGCCAGGAAGGCACGAACAAGAAGACUAUUGACUGGGAUAAUGAUAAUUUAGACGUGGAGGAUCUUGAUGAUGAGGGGUGGAAGAAGGCCAGCGAGGAUGGGAGGAUCGUAGAAUUGGGAGGCUUGGGUGAAGGAGCUGGGGGAGCUGUUACCCGCUGUAUGUUGAAGGGCGGGAAGACGCUCUUUGCUAUGAAAGUACGCACAAUUUUCCCUUUUAUUCCGAGGUGGGGUUGAGCUGGCGUAAUUCUACCCGCUAGUAUCGAUUAUACGAGAUACGGGCGUGGUUUGAGACACGUUGUGGGUGCCGGAGAGUGCCUAUCUAGAUUUUACCCUUUUUACUGACUUGGGUGCCGACCCAUAGAUCAUCACGGCAGAUCCGAAUCCCGAAAUUCGGAAACAAAUCUUCCGUGAAUUAAGUUUCAACAAGGAAUGUAAUUCGCCUUAUAUUUGCAGAUACUUUGGUGCAUACACGGAUUUAUCUUCUGCCACGAUUUCUAUUGCCAUGGAGUUCUGUGAGGGUGGGAGCCUGGACAGCAUUUACCGAGAGGUGAAGAAAUUGGGGGGAAGGACUGGAGAGAAGGUCUUGGGGAAGAUUGCUGAAGGGGUGUUGGAGGGGUUGACGUAUCUGAGUGGGAGAAAGAUCAUUCACCGAGGUUGGUUGGCCGUGCGGCGUUUGUUAUACUGACCUAGGAGCUGACUCUAUUCGACAAAAAUCAGAUAUCAAGCCAUCCAACAUCUUACUGUGCAGAGAUGGACAAGUGAAAUUGUGCGAUUUUGGUGUCUCCGGAGAACUUAUCGGGUCCAAGGGGAAUGCGGAUACCUUUAUUGGCACUUCUUAUUACAUGGCUGUAAGUUUGCCUUGUGGUUAUGUUUCAUGUGUUAAAAUGUGCUGAUGGUUUUAUUUAGCCCGAGCGAAUCCAAGGGUUCUCCUACACCAUCACUUCCGAUGUCUGGUCUCUUGGUGUUACCCUUCUCGAGGUGGCCCAGCACCGUUUCCCAUUCGGCGAGGAGAGUGACAGCACUAAUGCUCGGUACAACCUAAUUGACCUUCUUACCUAUAUUGUUCAACACCCUAUUCCGGAAUUGAAGGACGAGCCCAAUCUUAAGAUCAAAUGGAGUCAUAACUUCAAAUACUUUAUCGCUUGCUGGUAUGUUUGUUAAUCUCUGGCUCGAAGAUAACUCUGCUAACCGCAUGCUUUGCAGUCUCGAAAAGGACACUCAGAGACGCGCUAGUCCGUGGAGGAUGCUGGAGCAUCCAUGGAUUAUGGAGAUGAAGAACAAGAAGGUCAAUAUGGCUAAUUUCCUUUCCCAAGUUUGGGACUGGAAAUGAGGGGUGGUGUAGGGUUUCAAAAGUUUUUUUUAUUUUUAUUUUUCUAGGGCGUAAAAUUGGGAAAUGAUUUUUCGUGUUCAAAUUAAGGGUGUCCUGUUUAACUAUUAUUUGCAAGACGGGAAGAGAAUAAGAUAUCUCUUUCCCGCUGCCGGCAUAAAGCUUUUGUUUAACUCCCUUCUCAUUUCUAUUUCCUUUUUUCUUUCGUUUUUUCUUUCAUUCCUUUUUUCCAUUUUUUCGCUAUUGGGUUAUUUUUUGUAUUGCAUCAGGAUGUUUUUUCUCUCCUUCUUUUCCCCCUUUUUUUCCCCGCCAUUUUUUCAUGAUUAUGUGAUUCACGAUAGGAGCGGGGGUGGGGGAGACUCUUGAGGGUCUGUAGUAGUCUAGAAAUAAGAUUUUCAUAGUGUAAGACAUUGGGUACUGGAUCCCGAUGACACAUUGUCGCGGGUGCUGUACAGUAUGGUAUCUGCGGCGAUGACCAAUUAUGCGGCACUGUACAAGUUCUGUACUCGGGCACAAUAUGGUAUCAUAGCUGCCGGCGUGUUAACACCUAUGAUGUUGUGCUGUAUCCAACCUUGAUGGACACCCACCAUACCCAGCAGUAUCAGGGGGGGGGGGCUCUCGUACGUUCCUUCGAACUUGUGAUAACAAGCCGGAAGGGAGGCACUUUGUUGGUGUCCUUCACCCCUCCUCUCGUCCUCCUUUGGCUAUCAUACCUAUGGUGCCGUAGACAGUGCGUCCUUCAGGAGGGAAGCCUUUCGCAUGGAAGAAACAAGCAUCUCUCGGUGAAAAUAGAAAUAACAUCAUAAUUAUCACUACUAAUAACAAUAACAAUAACAUUAUUAUUAUUAUUAUCAUUUUUGCCUUACUUUAAUGGCAUUUCCAC